CGAAAACAAACACCGGGAGCGAGUCCGGGGCGGGUGGAGCGAAAACGGGUACGCCGUACGGGCGGGAUGAUUUCGGAGAUGCCGUCGUUCUGAAUUCGAACUCUUCGAAUUUCACGAUCGCAGAUCUCUCUCUCUCGGUCCGUAAGAUCCGUCAAUUUUUCUCGUCGCCGAUCGGCGAUUCUCUUCCAUCUCCGGCGGCCUGAGAGCUUGUUCUUUUACUGGCGGCUAUACGGAUUCCUGAGAGUUGAUGAUGGCCGUGAUCGAGGAGCCAUUAUACCCUAUUGCGUUGCUCAUAGACGAGCUGAAGAAUGAGGAUAUCCAACUCCGUCUGAACUCCAUCCGUCGGCUCUCCACCAUUGCUCGUGCCCUCGGUGAAGAGAGGACGCGGAAGGAGCUGAUCCCGUUUCUCAGCGAGAACAAUGACGACGACGACGAAGUCCUCCUGGCGAUGGCAGAAGAACUGGGGGCUUUUCUCCCGUAUGUCGGAGGUGUUGGGCAUGCGAAUGUGUUGCUGACGCCGCUGGAAACACUUUGUACAGUCGAGGAGACCCGUGUGAGGGAUAAGGCAGUUGCAUCUCUGUGUAGAAUUGGGGAUCAGAUGAGGGAGCAGGAUGUGGUCGACUACUUCAUUCCCAUGAUGAAGAGGCUGGCUGCCGGUGAAUGGUUCACAGCUCGUGUUUCGGCUUGCGGCUUGUUUCAUGUUGCUUACCCUAGUGCCCCGGAGGCAUUGAAGACAGAACUGCGGGGAAUAUACAGUCAGUUAUGUCAAGAUGACAUGCCAAUGGUCAGAAGAUCUGCUGCGACAAACCUUAGGAAAUUUGCUCCUACUGUUGAAGCUGUGCAUCUGAAAACUGAUAUUAUGUCUAUAUUUGAGAAUCUAACGCAAGAUGAUCAGGAUUCCGUGCGCUUACUGGCCGUUGAAGGGUGUGCAGCUCUUGGGAAAUUGUUGGGACCCCAAGACUCUUUGGCCCAUAUCCUACCUGUCAUGGUUAACUUCUCCCAGGAUAAGUCUUGGCGCGUUCGUUACAUGGUUGCUCAGGAAUUGUAUGAGCUAUGUGAAGCUGUUGGUCCUGAACCAACUAGGUCAGACCUGGUUCCUGCUUAUGUUCGCCUGCUUCGUGACAACGAGGCUGAAGUGCGUAUAGCCGCUGCAGGAAAAGUUACCAAGUUAUGCAGUAUUUUGAAUCCUGAACUUGCAAUUCAGCAGAUUCUUCCUUGUGUGAAGGAAUUGUCUGCAGAUUCAUCACAGCAUGUCAGGUCUGCUUUGGCCUCUGUCAUAAUGGGAAUGGCACCAGUUUUAGGGAAGGAUGCCACGAUUGAACAGCUACUCCCAACAUUCUUGUCUCUUCUGAAAGAUGAAUUUCCUGAUGUUCGACUGAAUAUCAUUAGCAAACUUGAUCAAGUUAACCAGGUGAUUGGAAUUGAUCUGCUCUCCCAGUCCCUAUUACCUGCUAUUGUUGAACUUGCAGAGGAUAGGCACUGGAGGGUUAGGCUUGCCAUCAUAGAGUACAUACCACUGCUGGCUAGCCAGUUGGGUGUAAGAUUUUUUGAUGAUAAGCUUGGUGCUCUGUGCAUGCAGUGGCUGAAAGAUAAGGUUUACAGUAUCCGGGAUGCUGCCGCUAACAAUGUGAGGUGCCUUGCAGAAGAAUUUGGACCAGAAUGGGCAAUGGAACAUAUGGUUCCACAGGUUUUGGACAUGAUAAACAACCCGCACUAUCUAUAUCGGAUGACCGUUCUUCAUGUGAUAUCUCUGCUUGCCCCUGUCAUGGGAUCCGAUAUCACUUGUUCAAAACUUUUGCCAGUGGUUAUUAGUUCCUCAAAAGAUAGGGUACCCAAUAUCAGAUUCAAUGCGGCAAAGGUGUUGCAGUCUAUUAUUCCUCUAGUCGAUCAUUCUGUUGUAGAGAGGAUUAUUCGUCCGUGUUUGGUUGAGCUGAACGAGGACCCAGAUGUUGAUGUUAGAUUCUUCGGCAGUCAAGCACUUCAGUCGAGUGACCAGGUCAUGGUGAUGAGCUAAGAAUAGUUAGCUGUAGAUUUUCUCCGUUUUGUUAUUCUCUUGGCGUGGCUCUUGUUUAUUUUCUAAUUUUGUUCGCCCUCAAUUGGAAGCUCAUACUGAGCAACUUGAUGAUGUAUAAAUGUUUUUUCUUUUCAUCUCAAAUUUGAAGUUGAAACUUCGCUGAUAGGUAUUAUAGCUGGACUUGAUUCAGACAUGAGACGUUGAUAGCCGUUUAUAGUCUUACAUCUUGUAAAAUCUACUUAGUUGUCGACAUUUGUUGGGUUA